AUGUCUUCAUCCAUAACCCUCUGCCCUCUUUGUGGGUUUGAUCGCGACGGCUGCCUGCACGCCAGUAAGUUUGCCGUCGUUGACACCAACAACCGGCGCUUCGGCUCUUCCAAGCAACCUCAGCUUCAGCCUCAGCCUCUGCAACAUCAGCGCCAGGCAAAUCCCACUGCGCAGAAUCAUGGCAAGAAGUGUGUCCCUACUGCGGCAACCCAGCCCACCCCCCAGCCCCAGCGUUCAUUGGCCUACCAACCUGUACGCAACCGUCCUCCCGCCGCGCCCGCUCCGCGUGUCUCCUGGGCCAACCCGCUUACCCAGCAGCGGGUUUUCGAUCUGAACUGCUACCCCGCUGAAUUGGGCAAUGACGAGCGGGCGAAGCGGAAGUGGCGCCAGGGACAGGAGAAGCGCCGGAAGUGGGAAGGCCAGGUGUUGCAGGAGAAGUGGUUUUUGUAUCAGUUCCAGGAGGCGAGGGGGAUGCUGCCGAAGCAGAUAGCAGCUCAGCAGGAGGAGGAGGAGCGGGCGCGACGGGCGAAGAUGGAGCGGGAGCGGCAGCGAAGGGUUAAAAGCGAGCAGGAGAAGCAAGCGAGGGUACAGCGGGAACAUGAGGAACAACAACGAGUGAGGAUGCAGCGGGAGCAGGAGGCACGAGCAAGAUCCAGGACUCCCCAGCAGCAACAGCAACAGCAGCAGCAACAGCAGCAACAGCAGCGUGAGGAGGUGCUGCUGGGGAUCCAGCGGAUGUUUCAGGAAGGGCAGCAAAAUCAGCAGGAGUUUCAGCGCCAAUUCAUUCACGAGGCGGACCUGCGGAGGAUGCAGCGAGAGCAAGCAUCAACAUGGCUUGCGGAGCAGGAAGCGGCGGCGGCGUGGCGCCAGAUGGAGCCGUGGCAACAAUAUCAGGACGAACGGCGAGCAUGCGAGCUACAGCGGAUGGCAUCUAGACGACGCGAGGAACCAGGGCUGCAGAUAUUCCAGGUAAACCUGAGGCCGGGAUGGCGGCGGCCGCCAUGGGGGCCAGACCCGGAGCCUCAGGGAAUGCCCCGAUAUUAUCCAUACGGACCACAGUGUGAACAGCAGUGA